ACCAACGCGAACUAAUCGCAUACAUACGCUGUCUUCCCGGGAGCGCUAGGGUGGUCCUACGUGUGCAUUUUAAUUGUGACACCUAAUACAAUCAUGGAUUGUCACGAGAGUAACGACAAUGCUCCCGAUAAUCGUCUCCGAGUUCUGGAGCUAUACAGCGGCAUCGGUGGUAUGCACUACGCUUGUCCGCCCGACACAACUCGAGUCGUUGCUGCUGUAGACGUCAAUACGACUGCGAACGUCGUCUAUAAGUUCAACUUUCCUGAGACUGUGCUUCUGCAAAGAAACGUUCAGUCUUUCAAGCAACGUGAACUUGACAGUCUACGCAUCGACGUGUUAACUAUGAGCCCUCCGUGCCAGCCGUUUACACGUCAAGGACUUCAACGUGAUGCACAAGACCCGCGGUCUUCGUCGUUCCUCAAUCUCAUCCAAGUUCUACCCACACUUGCGCACCCUCCAAGGUAUAUUCUCCUCGAAAACGUGAAAGGCUUUGAAACAUCGUCCACUUGUGCGGCAUACCUGGACUUCCUCACACAGCAUGGAUUUCACUUUCACCGUUACCUCCUGUCUCCAACCCAGUUUGGUGUUCCUAAUUCGAGACUACGCUUCUACUGCCUCGCGAAACGUGGCCGCUUUUCAGAUUGCCCCAGCGCAUGCGACAGCAUCUGGCACAACCUCCCGACCGAGUGCUCGCGGCCGGCACCGCUAUACAACUUCCUCGAAGAGGAAUCAGACUCAACCUCUGAGUAUCUCUUGCCCGACAUUGUGCUUUCAAAGUUUGCCUUCAUCCUCGACAUUGUGGACCGUAAUGCGACGAACACUUGCUGUUUCACCAAAGGUUACGGACACUACGUCGAAGGCACCGGUUCUGUAUUGUUGCAGAGCUCGCGCGACGCAAUGGAUGACGUGUACCGCGACGUCUCUCCGCGAGUUUCCUCAGACGAUGUCCUACCGGCGUCAGUGGUCGAACGACUAUGCGAACUUCGCUUGCGCUACUUCACACCACAAGAAGUGUCGCGUCUCAUGUGCUUUCCUGAACAGUUUCGGUUUCCACAGGAAGUGACGCCUCGACAACGGUACCGGUUGCUAGGCAAUAGUGUCAAUGUGCGUCUUGUGCGGGAACUUAUGCAGCAUCUUUUAAACGAUGCUGAUCUUCAGAACAAAGAUGCAUAACCGGUACUGUGUGUCAUGCACUUUUGACAGUGCAAACACAACAACUUGCUUGGGAUCAGCUGCCCUUUCAGUUUCAUAUACAACCCUACAUGAUGCAAUACAUCCCACUUGUCGGCAAACACUCAGCUAUGAAACAAUAUCCAGGAGUUCAAAAUCCACAGUACCAAAAUCGCAAAUUGUAAAAUCAAAGUUUAUAGUAUCUACAAAGUAUGAACUAGAAUGAUCGUGUUUCAAAGUAGGAUAUCACUGAGCAACAUGCGGGCUUUGCAUGUUCCUAAUGUUCACUGAAGUCGUUUUAACGAAUGAAAUGCAUAAGUAUUUUAGCGACGGUUAGGCUUAGAAGGGCGGGCGCAAUGAAGCAACACAGAAUGAAGUGACGUUGGCUAGUUUAUGGUAGUUGAGAGCUAUACUACAGUGCUAGUGGCCUAGUGUGUCCAAGAUUAGUUCAAGUUCCUUGAAUGCAGCUCCCCCGCGUGUUAUAUGCAAUGCCAGCAUAGACUGUGCCGAUUUGGGAUUUUGGACAUGUGUAUUCUUAACUGUGGAUAUUGGGAUAAACCCCGACCACAAAUGGCUUCACUGUUUUCUCUCAUUGGUUUUACCAGUUUUACUAAAGGAAGGAAUGAACAACCUGGUCCUGCACCCACCAAGCAAGAAAUGCAUCUAGCCGUAAACUAUCUUGUAGACAUUUGGACAUGUCUGGGUCUCUUACCAAUAGCAGUAUGCCAUGCUCUUCUUAGAUGGCUCGGGCGCACAAAUGAAAACAAGCAAACACUGUCUACCUGCGAGCACUUCGGGAAAGAGCCAAUAGUGCACAUGUGUAAUUCGGUAUGCUGUCUGCCAGAGAGCACCAAGGCAUAUUCUGCGCCCACUCAACAGACAGCGCUUUACGCCACCUACUAAACUCAGUACUGUGAACGUUGUGAACAUGUUGUGGUAAACGAAAGUAUCCUGAUAAGGUCCUGAAGAAUGGCUACAACAUCCAAUGAAGGCAGCAGCUGCACAAAUUACCCACUUCCGGCACGGAAGGUAGUGAUGAAAACUAACAGCACAGCACUCUUUUGAGUCCCAGUACACCAUACAUCCUUCAACAAGUACCAACUGGAGGGAGAGUCUGGUGCAGGCCUUUUGUACUGCCAGACUAGAAUUGAAGUCUCCAAGCUAUAUGAAAGUGUACAGUCACUGCCAUACUCUUGUGCCCUCAUGGAGUGCCCUUCAUAUGGCCCUUCAGGUAUGUAUUGUAAUAAAGAAAUAAAUAAAAUAAAAGGCUAGUGUCCCAGGCUGUUCCAAAAGGGCAUGAAGGUAUGCACAAUGUCUCCCUCACCUAGACUUGAUAAGGGAAUUUAGGAAGGCAGUAAGUGCGAUUCUUGUAGAGACUGAGCAACAAGCGAGGCAACAUUGUGGCAAACUAUGGAAGUCUAAUAAACAUCCUGCCGAGCUUGUGUUUGCUUGGCUACAGCUGGGCCAUUGGACAGGUCGGGCUAGGGCUGACGUCUGGGAUCGAGAGGCCCAGGUGUGAACCCC